AUGUACGACACGACGUAAAGCGAAGGGGGAAGGCUAAAAGUCACUCGUCACUCAUACGAAGAAACACAAAAAAAGGGGGACGCACAGUGUUCCGAUUCCGACUACGCUUUCCGAUUGCAGAUGGAGGAGGCGCUCGCAGCUUCUCUCUCUACCCGAUCUCGUGCUCCACAGCGCCCACCGUCGCCUCCCGUCGUCGCUAGGUGUGAAGGUAACUCGAGGGGAAGAGGGAAUACCCACGAGACGGUCACUAGCGUACGGAGAGACGAUCGAAACCCUAACAGUAAAGUAGGUAAUGCUUCUGGUUCUGUGAGACCUUCUCCGGGAGUUACUGUUCUCCCGGCGCAAUCAGUCGCCGUCGGGGAGGGGAGCUCGAAGGUUAGUGGCGUAAAGGGGAGUUUCAGGGGAGACUUGAUGUAUAGACUUUACUUCAAGGGUUUGGUGAGCGAAGAGACUGGGACUGGGAAGGGGAAGGGGAAGGUGAGUGACGUGGCGGCUGGGUUUGGGGUUGCGAUUUGCGACCAGAGGGAUGCUCUGUUGUUUGAGUCCAAGGGACAGCUUGUUGGCCGUGGCGCGAAUCGUCAGGGAGCGGAGAUUCAGGCGUUGACAAUAGGGUUGACCGAAGCAUGGGAGCUGGGGAUCAAACACGUUUCUAUCUUCUGCGAUUCUUUUCCGAUUUUUCAAUACGUCAGGGGAAGCUGGACGCCUAAGCAAAAAAAGAUUGCCAUGCUAAUGGAUGACUUGCAACGGAUCAGGCAACAAUUCUCGUUUACUCAAGCUGUUCUGGUGGCUGGAAACGAAGUGAAAUAUGCUUAUAAACUCGCUAGGGAAUCAAUUGUUUCGCAAGCAACCCCUCAUGAAACCCCCCGCCAAGCUAAAGUAGCUGCUAGGAAAGAAGAGUGUCUUAUCUGUUUUAACGAUAUUGAUCCUGAGCGCAUGUUUUCUAUCGGCAAAUGCAGUCAUCGGUUUUGCUUUCAGUGUGUGAAGCAACAUGUAGAGGUGAAGCUGCUUCACGGAAUGAUUCCGAAUUGUCCUCAUGAUAAAUGCAAUUCUGAGAUGGUGAUCGAUGCAUGUGGCAAGCUUUUGACUCCGAAAUUGGGUGAAAUGUGGAAUCAAAGGAUCAAGGAGAACGCAAUACCUGUCACCGAGAGAGUUUACUGUCCUUACCUGAGGUGUUCGGCUUUGAUGUCCAAAACCAAGAUAUCUGAAUCGGCCAAGAGCUUACAGUCUGCUUACCCUGCAUCUGGAGUCAGGAGAUGUGUCGAAUGUCGUGGUCUCUUCUGUGUGGACUGUAAAGUCCCGUGGCAUGGGAAGCUGUCAUGCGCCGAGUACAAGAAACUGCAUCCUAAUCCACCAGCAGAUGAUGUGAAGCUGAAGUCUCUGGCGAAUAAUAAAAUGUGGCGCCAAUGUGGUAAGUGCCAACACAUGAUUGAACUUAGUCAAGGAUGCAAUCACAUAACUUGCAGAUGUGGGCAUGAGUUUUGCUACAACUGUGGAGGAGGAUGGAACAAAAAAACAGGGACUUGUGCUAAGCAAUGCCCGACCUGGGACGAAGCAUACAUCAUGCGUCAAGAUCCAGCUCCAGCGCGUGUGUAUGUGUUGCCUAACAACUACUUUGAUGAUUAUGAUGAGGAUGAAUAUGAUGAUUAUGAAGCUGAUGAAGAUUUUGGUUACGGCUAUGGUGACUUCCCCUUUAAUUUGGAGCACCAUAUGAAUGAUGUUAAUCCUGAAGCGCCCUUUGAUCUGCCAGAUGAAGAAGAAGAAGAAGAAGAAGAAGAAGAAGAGGAAGAAGAAGAAGAGGGGGUUGACAUCGAUUAG